AUGGAAGGUAACAAUGAAAAUAUUAAUACAGAAGUUACAGAUAAAGUUUGUUAUUGUAAUGGAAAAAGAGAAUUAGGUUCUUUAGAAAUACAUUGUAUUGGAUGUAAAAAAUGGUUUCAUACUAAAUGUUUUAAAGAUUUAAAAGAUUUUUACGGACUUCCAUUUAUGGUGUCCUAUACUUUCCAUUGUAAAGAUUGUUCUCCAACAAAAAAAGAGACAUGGAUUGGUAAAACUGUUACAUUUAUUCAUAUGUGUGUUAUGGCAAUGGCUAAUAUAACUUAUAAUAAAAGAGUAGAAACUGGAAGAUAUGAUGAAAGAUUUUUCUUUGAUGUUGAUACUGUUAUAAUACCAUAUUUUUCUAGAAAUUGGGAAAAUUUGUCAGGUGAAAAAAAAAGAGCUAAAAAUACUUGGCAUCAUACAUUAAAAAGAACAUUACUUAAAGAGAAUAAUCUUUUUAUUUCUCAAGAUGCAAAUCAUUAUGCUUUAGUUGAAAGUGAUCUUGAAAAAAUUGGACCUUUAAUGGAAGGUUUAAAAAAUCCUGGUAGAAAACCUGGAAGUUUAUCAAAAGAAAAUAUUGAUAAUAAAGAUUCUGAUCAAGUGACUACUAGGCAAACGAGAGGAUCCAGAAAACGUGCUGCUGAUGAUAAAAAAGUAGUAGGUAAGAAAGCAAAAUUAUCUGGUGAAAGUGGAUUUGACAAAAAUGGAAGUGAAGAUUCAACAAUAGAUUAUCCUCUUAAUAAAGAAGGAAACCGAUAUUAUUUAGCUGUAAAAGAUAUAGCAUUUCCAGAUCAUGAAAUGUAUACAAAUACAUUAGUAACAAAUACUUCUCUUCGUAUUCCAACAUUUGUCUAUCGUUUAGCUGAUAUAUCUAAAGUGACACUAUCAGCUUCUGAUCAUGCUCCGCAACUUUUAUUAACAAAUGAUAACUUAACAGUAGCUAAUAUAGAGUGUGAAGGUUAUUGUAUGGCUAAAGCAACACAUUCAGUAUCAAAAGGUAAAUGGUAUUAUGAGAUAAAUUUUGAUUCACAACCACCUGGCACACAUAUUAGAAUUGGUUGGGCUACAAAAGAUGCAAUUAUACAAGCUCCUGUAGGAUAUACACAAUAUUCAUAUUCAUGGAGGUCUAAUCAUGGUACAGCAUUUCAUAAAUCAAGAGGUUGUGCAAUAUAUUUUGAUGAACCAGAAAAUAUUGGAAGUAGAUUACCACAAUCUGCUAAAACAAGUUAUACAGUUGUCAAUCAUAAAUCAAAUAUAUUUUUCCUAAAUUUUACAGAAUCAGAGACGUUAAAAAAAGAACGACCAAUUAUUAAAGGAAGUAGAAUAGAAUUUUUCUUAAAUGGUCAAUCAUGUGGAACUGCUUUUCAUGAUAUCUAUGAAGAUUUUUACUUUCCUGCAGUAUCAAUAUUUGAAAAUGCAAAAAUAACAUGCAACUUCGGACCUAACUUUAUUCAUCCACCACCCAAAGAUGUCAAACCAAUGAGUGAACGUGUAUUCGAACAAGAUAUUGAAAAUUGUCUCUCAGAUAUGUUGUAUUUUGUCGAAAAUAAUAAUGAAAUCGAAAAAACAAGACAACUAUUUAUGGAACACAAGAUUUAA